AUGUAUUGGGUUGUGCAAUGUAGUAGUAGUAGUAGUAGUAGUAGUAGUAGUAGUAGUAGUAGUAGUAGUAGUAGUAGUAGUAGUAGUAGUAGUAGUAGUAGUAGUAGUAGUAGUAGUAGUAGUAGUAGUAGUAGUAGUAGUAGUAGUAGUAGUAGUAGUAGUAGUAGUAGUAGUAGUAGUAGUAGUAGUAGUAGUAGUAGUAGUAGUAGUAGUAGUAGUAGUAGUAGUAGUAGUAGUAGUAGUAGUAGUAGUAGUAGUAGUAGUAGUAGUAGUAGUAGUAGUAGUAGUAGUAGUAGUAGUAGUAGUAGUAGUAGUAGUAGUAGUAGUAGUAGUAGUAGUAGUAGUAGUAGUAGUAGUAGUAGUAGUAGUAGUAGUAGUAGUAGUAGUAGUAGUAGUAGUAGUAGUAGUAGUAGUAGUAGUAGUAGUAGUAGUAGUAGUAGUAGUAGUAGUAGUAGUAGUAGUAGUAGUAGUAGUAGUAGUAGUAGUAGUAGUAGUAGUAGUAGUAGUAGUAGUAGUAGUAGUAGUAGUAGUAGUAGUAGUAGUAGUAGUAGUAGUAGUAGUAGUAGUAGUAGUAGUAGU